AUGGAAUGGCGGUUAGGCCGCCUCACCUACAUGCCCCGCAUGUCCAGCGACCUCAUUUCCCGCGACCUCAUUUCCCGCAUGUCCCGCAUGUCCCGCAUGUCCCGCAUAUGCCGCAUGUCCCGCAUGUCCCGCAUGUCCUGCAUGUCCCGCAUGUCCCGCAUGUCCCGCAUGUCCCGCAUGUCCCGCAUGUGCCGGGCUUCCCAGGCCUACACCAUAUUGUGGGCCACCCACAUGGGCCGAGGCCACGGGGACACCACAAACGCGCCGAAAAUACAGCGCCUACCAGAGGUGCCGCAUCACCCAGGUCUUAGGUGGCCAACGAGCGUCCCCCAACCGACCGACGACUGCCAUGUGGCUGUUCACAUCGACGAAAAGCUCGAUGGAUAUGGCGUCGCUACAAGUUGGGAGAAAAGCCCGCGUGGCCAAUCUUCUCGCAGCUUUCAUGAAACGCCGAUCCCAGAGUGGAAAUUCCACACUGCAAUCGAUUCGGAUCCGGCGUGUUGCAAUGCUUGGCUAGCUGAGGGCCAAACGGGUUGGAAUCACAAGUGGACGGUUAUGGCCGAGAGGACACCAAAAGAACAAAAUCGCAACCUGGAACGGGGCACGUUUGCCGUACAGGUCUGA